CACCGAGACAAAAACAUUUCUCUGAAUACAUUUUGAAUACAUGAAUCAAAACUCUUCCCCAAAUCUAUUAGGCAGAAACUGUGGUGGUUACAUUUCCAUUUCGAUAUAGAUUGGUGCAACUACUUCGAUUCGGUAACUGUAUUUGAUUUUCAAUAAAAACACAUAAUAACGAAGCAAUUUGUCUCUAGAACGGAGAAAAUGGAUAAAGAGAAUAUACACGGUCCUCAACAUUUUGAUCUGAAUACUGGUGCAAAGAUACCAGCAAUUGGCCUUGGAACAUGGAAAGCUUCUCCUGGUGUUGUUGGUGAUGCUGUUGUUUCUGCAGUUAAGGUAGCUGGCUACAGACAUAUAGAUUGUGCUCGGGUAUAUGAUAAUGAAAAAGAGGUAGGGGAGGCAUUGAAAACACUGUUUUCUACUGGGGUUGUAGAGCGAAGUGAAAUGUUCAUCACAUCAAAGCUAUGGAUUAGUGACUGUGCACCUGAAGAUGUCUCAAAGGCACUGACAAAGACUCUAGAGGACCUGCAGCUUGACUACAUUGAUUUAUAUCUCAUACACUGGCCUUUUAGAACAAAGUCAGGAUCAAGGGGUUGGGACCCUGAGGUCAUGGCUCCUUUAUGUCUUUCCGAGACAUGGAAUGCGAUGGAAGGUUUAUUCGCUUCAGGUCAGGCUCGCGCAAUCGGUGUUAGCAACUUUUCAACUAAGAAGCUGCAAGACUUACUCAGAUAUGCUAAGAUUCCACCAGCAGUUAACCAAGUUGAAUGCCAUCCUGUUUGGCAACAACCAGCUCUUCAUAAUUUUUGCAUGUCUACUGGUGUUCAUGUCACAGCAUAUUCUCCUCUAGGUUCUCCUGGAUCAUGGGUAAAGGGAGAAAUCUUGAAGGAACCAAUUUUGAUUGAAAUUGCUGAAAAACUUAACAAGUCUCCCGCACAAGUGGCUCUAAGAUGGGGACUCCAAAGUGGUCACAGUGUUCUUCCAAAGAGUGUAAAUGAAUCAAGGAUCAAAGAGAAUCUUAGCUUGUUUGGUUGGUGUAUCCCUCCAGAACUCUUCUCAAAAUUCUCACAGAUUCACCAGCAAAGGCUACUAAGAGGGGACUUUGCAGUUCAUGAAACUUGUAGUCCAUACAAAAGUCUUGAAGAUUUGUGGGAUGGAGAAAUUUGAAAUGGUGAUAUGAUUUCUCAUGCACUCCAAUUGAAGAAGCUCAGGAUGUAAUCUUGCGGUGAAAUUUUAUUUUCCAAAUGUGAAUUGAAGGAAUGUGUUCUAAACAUAUCUAUUAUUUGAGUUUGGGUUGGAUUCUUACUAGAUUUCUGUUAGUAGAUGUAAUAAUGAUAAGAAGCGAAGUAAGAAUAAAGCACAAGAGGUUGAAGUGAAUUAAAAGAAUAGAUCAAAGUCCUAUAGAAAAAUGAUGUAUAAGUUUGCUUUGUCAAACGGAAGUGGAAUUAACAAACACUUUAAAUUGCUAUAUUGUCAAAUUGCUAUCAAGUUUUUGGUCAUCAAUAAAAAAAUGCUUUCAAUUUUA